AUGGAUGAAAAAUUUUGUAAAAAUGAAGUAAGUGUCUCUCAUUUAGAUAAUAAUAUGAAGCAUCAUGAUAGUCAAGAAAAAGGGAUAAAUCACAAUGAUGAAAAUAAAAAUGACUUUAAAAAUUAUUGCCCAUUUAUAUUUCCAGAAGAUCGUAAUAUAAGUGCAAUAGAUGAUAUUCUUAGUGCAAAAGAAAGUAUAAUAGAAUUUAAAAAUAUAAUUUUUCGUAAUCUUGAGAUAGAUAAAAUAGACUAUGAUAUAAACAAAAUUGAAUACAAAAAAAGUUUAUUGAAUAAUGAAGAGUUUAAAAAUAAAAAAUGGUAUUUAAAUUUUCAACCAUUAAAUAACAUUUCAAUUGAGCAAUAUUGGAAAUAUGAAAAAGUUACUUUAAAAGAUAUUUUAAGCUCAAAUAUUAAUCUAACAAAUAACAUAGAAUUAAAAAAAAAUAAAAAAUAUCUGAAGCAUAUUGCUAAGUGUAUUUUAAAGGGAAAACCUCAUGAAUCAAUAAUAAAAAAUUGCUAUAAAUUUUCUGCAAAUUAUUUAAAUAAUUCUGAUAAACAUUCUAAAAAUUCAUUUAAUAAUAUAAACUCUUCGUUCUUAAGUUUAAAUUCUAGGACAAUAAAAAAUUCUCAAAAUUUAUUAAAUUGGAAAUUAAAGUAUUCAAAACAUUUGUCAAAUUUCCAAAACUCAAAAUCGGAAGAAACCGAAAAUUCUUCCGCAAUUAAUUCUAUUAAUAUGGUAAAUAAAAAAUGUAAUAUUCAUUAUAGUCAAGGUAAUAGUGAUAUUGUCUCAAAUAAGCAUAAAAAAGUUUUAAAAGAUAAUAAGAAAAAAAGUAAAAAAAGGAACUCAUAG